AUGUCGGCGGAGAAAACUAUCAGUGGCGAUGUCGCGCCGACCGACCAGUCGUCGGAGACCCCUAACCAGAUCCUGACGGGAAAACAAGAGCAUUAUCUCAAGCGCGAACUCAUCGCCCGCCAGGUCCAAAGUGAAAUCGCUGAGCUGAACUCCCCCACCGCCCUUCAACGCUUCGGCGCUCCGUUCAGAUCGGAAUACGGCGAAGUCGCACCCGUCGAUUCAGAACUUCCUAUCCUUCGUUACAUCUUCGUACACCAUGUGCGCAACUUUCCGUUCCUCGACCAGGCCCGCGAGAAGGAGUUUUGGCAGGAUAAAUUACAAGUGUUCCUAGAAUCAUUCGCAAAGAAAAAUGUGUCGUCAUCAGAAGACCGCUUGGAGGAGACAAAGCGCAGAAAGCUGGCCAGAAAAUGCGAGAAGCUCGUGGAGCUCAUGAUGGUGUCGGGAAUUCCCACCGCGUCCGGUUAUGAAGAGCGGAUACAGUUCUCCGAGAUGGAAGUCGUUGAUCGGGGGGCCAAUGAGAAGGGCCUGCUGGUCAAUAUGCCAGAAGGGCAUGCGAUCAACGGUUGGGAUAUCAAUGUGGCUGCCGUCCGCAUUGCCUCCGUGAGGAGGACCGUACGGUAUCAUCAACAUGCAGAAUUCAUUCUUCGUGUCCGUCGUGAAGGUCACCCGGAGAUCUACGUCGCCCGCCGAUAUGGGGAGUUCGCGAAACUCCACAGAAGAUUACGCACCGAGUUCCCCGGAAAGCCGCUGGCCCCCCUCCCCCGCAAGAAUAAGUCAUCCACGUCGUCUUCGAGCUUUUUCAGCUACGGCGACGACGAUGCAUCUUCAGUCUCCUCCCUUUCAACACAGAGCACAAGCACUCCCGACGAAGGACAGUCGAACACUCAUCUAACCCCGGGCACCAACAACCUCCACCGUUCGCUGUCUAGGUCGUCUCUGCGUUCUUCCCUUGGACGGCCAAAGUCGCCCAGGGCCUCCGGGGAGGUGCCUCGAGAUGCGGUCCUGUACAGAGAGGAACAAAGAGUCUCCCUUCGGGCCUUCCUGCGCACCCUAUUGCAGAACAAGCGUGUGGCUGAGUCGAAAGCGCUGGAAGAGUUUCUCACUGGCGCACCUAUCUCCUUGAACGAAGAAGAGAUUAUUGACAUCGAACGAAGGAAAGAAGUGGAUGCUAUACGGAUAGAGGAACAGAAACGAUUCUAUGAGAUCGCGAGGCAACGCGCGGCCGAGUUGGACGUCUACAUGGAGAACUUCCGUCGGGAUAUCGUCGAGAGCAGUAAGCAUCGCAUUGCAACCAGUGUUACUUCAUAUCUUCCUAACCAUCGACUUGUUGCAGAUGGUCUGACAAAGCUUUUUGCGGAAAUCCGGGAGAAGGAGAAGAUCGAAGAUCUUAGCCCUCAGUAUCAGAAGUUUGCUGAGUGGCUCCGCAUUGAGGUUGCUGCCACUCUCUAUCAUCUGUUCCUGGCGGAGGACAACUCCCCAGAGCUAUUCGCCCAGUUCAAGAGAAUCCACUCCUUGGUCCCCUAUACGUUAUUAAAGAACGUGAUCCGGAUUGCAAACCCUGCCGCCGUGAUGUCCGGCGUAUUAGAUCUUUUCCUCGCACAGCCCUUCGGAUCACGAUCUCUCCUGCAGCGAAUUUUCUCCAUGACUUUGAAUGAUGGCAUUAGAGCUUUCCAAAAGUCCAUUGACGCGCUGGCCGCGAAAGUUGGAGAUCCGAUAGUUUGCCAGAAGCUGAAGGCAUUUACCGACGCGGAUGAAGACCUCAAGAAUGUGAUCCGCGCUGAGGCUACUGCGGAAGAGCUUGAUGUGAUCGUGGCGAUCCUGCGGUCGGAUCUUCUGCCUCACGAACUCACCCCGGAGCAAUACGAGAAAGUGUUCAAUUCGUAUGUCGCCUGGAAUUAUGCGGUCGACAAUGUGGACGAAGAGAUGAAAGAAGGGGCGCAAUGGUUCGCGCAUGUGAAGCAACUGCUCAAGCUUUACACUCGACAGCGGGACAAGGCCAUGAUGCUCAGUAUUGUUGAGGAGCCUGUCACUCUCCAAUUGUUCCGUGAUCUCUUUACGAUUUUCUAUGAGCCCCUCGUGCGCGUCUACAAGUCCGCGAAUGUCUACAGCAGCAUCACUGACUUUGCCCAAUUCGCCGAUGAUGCUAUCUCCGUGAUCGAAAAGUGCCAGCGACAGGAUGUAUCUGCUGAUCCCAACCAGACGGUUCAGGCUUUCAUCGACCUUUGCGAACGUCAUCAGGCGAAUUUCUAUAAAUUUGUCCACGAAGUGCACGUUCACGAUAAUGGGCUCUUUGGCUCGUUGAUGGCAUGGAUAGAAGAUAUCUUGAACUUUUUGCGCCAGGGUCCACAGGGUGGUGCUCUUGACAUGAACGCCCUCCUUCAUGGAGCGAAGGAUGUCGGCCAGAUCGAUAAAGACAAGGCAAUGGAAGAGAUAAACGCUCUUAUUAGAUGGCACGAGGACCGAAAACGCUGGCACCUCAGCAAGACACGCCAAAAGAUGGCGGCGGAAGGAACCGCGAACGAAGCAUUCCCAGGUAGCGCGACCUUCAAGGGAAGUGACUUUGGUCUCUUCGAGGCCGACCUCGAAGAUCUCGCUAUCUCAGAUGACGAUUCCGAGCCUUCUGAUGAGCUUGACGAUGAGGACGAUGAUGAUCCGAUCGGCGCAGAGCGAAAGCGUCGGGUGAAGAAACAGGACCAACUUCGGCGGACGGCUGGAGAGCCGGUCAAGCCCGACGUCUCCGAGAUUCUCAAGCUUUCCGAGUCAUUCGGGAUGAUGCUGCGUAUGGUUCUUGCAGAGUAA